AUGCAGACAUCUUACUCUCCACACUUCACCAAGAUCCUGGCAAAGCUGUGUUGGAAUUCUUUUGGAACAGAGCCCUCUGCUGUUCUGGUCACUUCCCAUGAUGAGGAUAUGCUACACACUCUAGGGGUGAGGCAGCUGAUUCUUAAGUUCCAGGGGGAUGGUGUUCAAUGGAAUAAUGCCUUUUCACCAGUGAGCCAAGAUGAUAACAUAACUUUUGGCCAUAUUAUAGGAAUGCUUUUACUUGAUGCUUUCUUGUAUGGCCUUGUGGCCUGGUAUGUAGAUGCUGUCUUUCCAGGAAAGUGUGGUGUGCCCAAGCCAUGGUAUUUCUUCUUCCAGAAAUCCUACUGGUGUGGGAAAGCAAAUAAAAAGGAAGAAUAUAGAAAACCCUCUGCUAUGGUGGAAAGUGAUUGUUUUGAAGCUGAUCCUGUUGGUUUGGUGGCUGGUAUUACAAUUGAGAAUUUGCACAAGGAAUUUACAUUACAAAAUACUAAGAUAAUAGCAGCAAAAGAUUUGUCUUUGAAUUUAUAUGAGGGGCAGAUCACUGUUCUUCUAGGACCUAAUGGAGCAGGAAAGUCAACUACCUUAUCUAUUCUCACAGGUCUCCUUCCUUUUACCAGAGGAAAAGUCUGUAUUAAUGGAUAUAACAUCUCAACGAACAUGAUUCAAGCUAGGCAAAUCAUGGGCUUUUGUCCCCAGGAUAACCUGUUGUUUAAGAAGUUGACCCCAUCAGAACACCUUUAUUUCUACAGUGUGGUAAAAGGAGUACCUCCAGAGAAACGUUCCAUAGAAAUUAAGAAAAUGCUAACUGAUUUUGGCCUGUUACAUGUUUGUAAUGUGCUUUCAAUGAAUCUGAGUGGAGGAACAAAGCGCAAACUCUCUGUCAGCAUAGCACUUCUAGGGGACUCCAAGGUAGUGAUUCUUGAUGAGCCAACAGCUGGCAUGGACCCAAUUUCAAGGAGAGCUACCUGGGAUAUCCUUCAGCAGUAUAAAGAAGAUCGUACAAUCUUACUGACUACCCACCACAUGGAUGAAGCUGAUAUCCUGGGUGAUCGUAUUGCCAUCAUGGUCAAAGGGACCCUGCAGUGCUGUGGCUCUCCAGUUUUCCUGAAAAGAAAAUAUGGUGUGGGAUAUCACAUUAUCAUGGUGAAGAAGCCUGAUUGUGAUGUUGAAAAUAUUCUCCAACUGAUUAAUCAGUACAUACCAACUGCAAGUUUGGAGAGCAAUGUUGCAUCCGAAUUAUCAUUUAUCCUACCCAGAGAGUACACACACAGUUUUGAAUCCCUGUUUUUUGAACUGGAAAACAGACAGAAAGAACUAGGCAUUGCUGGCUUUGGUGUGUCUGUCACUACCAUGGAAGAAGUUUUCUUAAAGGUCAGUUAUCUGUCCGAGUUCAAAGAGGAUAAGCAGAGUCUCCUGAAGAUCUCUUCUUUAAUGGACCAAAACACAGGAGAAGACAAGAACCAGAAUAUGAAUGUGCCUGGUAGUUUUGAGGGAAUAUAUCAUCACACCUUGAAUGAGGAUUCCAAUUUUAUGCUCAAUACUGGGUGUACACUUUAUAUCCAGCAGUUCUGUGCCAUGCUUGUAAAGAAGGCACUUUUCACUAGGCGCAACUGGAUUGUGGUGUUGAUACAGGUACUGGGACUUCUGGGUAUGUCUUAUAUAAUGAUAGGAGAUUUCAACAUUAACACGAACAUUUUUAAAAGGAAACAUGAUGAGAAGCCUGCCAGGAAAAUGGAUUUGGAACAAUAUGGUCAAACCAUUGUGCCUGUAUCAAUUUCUGGACAUUCUGACUUGACUCAGAAUUUUACAAAACAUCUUAAAAGCAUGCUAAAGGCUAAGAAACAAAAACUUCAAGAAGUACAAGGUGACCUGCAGAAAUACCUGAUGGAACAUCAAGAAUGCCUUUACUCAUGCAUUAUUGCACUUUCCAUUGAGGUUACUAGAGACAAAAAGAAAUUUACUUUUUGGUUCAACAACGAGGCAUACCAUUCACCAUCAUUAUCAUUGGCAGUAUUAGACAAUAUUAUUUUUAUGUCACUUUCCGGCCCUGAUGCUUCCAUUACAGUCUCCAAUAAGCCUCAGCCUCAAUUUACUACUCUUGUUAAAGAUGAAGAAAAGUAUGUAUGA